AUGACUUCGGCAACAUCGAAUUCGACGCAUCCGAAGCAAAAAACUGGCAUUUCACAAGAGUUGCCAGAUGCUGGGGAUAGUGACGACUUUUGCAGUAGACUAAAAACAGUUUCGGACCAGACAUGGGGCUCGGGUGUGCAAUCACAAGCUGCUGGAGAUGGAGGCGAUUUAAACUUAGAAGAAAACAAAAGAGCAUCUAUAAGUCCAAUUAACUCGUCAAGCUUGGGAUCAGUUGACGACUUGAAUGAUUACACGGAUGAAACUGAUGGAAUCUCAACUCCACACACACACAUCUCUGAGUCAAAUCCAGAAAAUAAAACGAACCUCAUUGUAAACUACCUACCACAAAAUCUUUCACAAGAAGACGUACGAUCGCUAUUUGCUAGUAUCGGUGAGGUUGAAAACUGUAAGCUAGUUCGAGAGAAGUUGACCGGAGAAAGUUUGGGUUAUGCAUUUGUAAAAUAUUACGACGCUGCCGAUGCCGAGAAGGCGAUUGAAAAAAUCAACGGUUUGAAGUUAGAGAACAAAACUAUUAAGGUUUCAGUAGCUCGGCCUAGUUGUGAAGCAAUCAAAGGGGCCAACCUCUAUAUAUGUGGCUUACCACGAACUAUGAAAACUAAUGAACUAGAAAAUAUCUUUAAGUCAUGCGGACACAUAAUUACGACUCGAAUUCUAUGCGACAAGAAGACCUCAGCCUCCCGUGGAGUCGCAUUCAUUCGGUAUGACCAACGCUCUGAAGCUGAAAAUGCCAUAAAGAAAUUCAAUGGCUACAUCUUUCCCGAAACAAAUGACAUAAUGAUGGUAAAAUUUGCCAAUUUGCCCAGCUCGCAAUCUGACGGUCGAAGGUCUCUCUCGUCAAGGUCGACCACGACAUCGUCUGGUCAACGACGUAGGAAGAAGUCGCCAUCGACCUCGAAAGUACCGCAACUGAGGCAGUCGAAAUACUGCGAUACUGGUGACUUAGAAUCUCUACAAGCUAAGCCACAAAUGCCUCUUCCAAACAUGUUCCAGCCAAACGGUCCGCAAUUUUACGACUUCGGACACCAUGGUCUGGCGCCAUUUUACUCAAUGCAGCCAACCCAAGGCAUGGCAAUGCCACAAGUCGGUAUUUAUGGUAAUGAGUACACACUACAGCCAACACUUGGAAAUCCCCGCUUAGUUCAACAGCCUUUGUGGCAAGGAGCGCAAAUGGGUUUAUGUCGGUUACCGAAUUGGGGCUACUUUCAGCACCCAGUGCCUCUGUCAAAAUUCAAACAAUCGCCACCACAGCGAGGCGUAAUCGCCACUGGGGUUCCUCUACCCUACUCCGUGGGCUACGCGCCUUCCUGUCACGUUCAAACAACGUGCCAACAGAGCGGAAAUUUGUGUGGGGAAACUGAGCUCUCAUCGACUGUCUCGGCGCUGCUGGCUCCGGCCUUUGCAGCCAAUGGCGGAGCAUUAACGACCAACGGAUGGUGUAUCUUUGUGUACAACCUCAGUGCCGACACCGAAGACGCCGUGCUGUGGCAACUCUUUGGGCCGUUCGGAGCCGUCAACGCGGCCAAAGUUGUCACCGACCCGAUUACAGGCAAGCGCAAGGGCUACGGUUUCGUGACAAUGAGUAAUUACGAUGAGGCUGUGAAGGCAAUUCAAGCACUCAGUGGCUUUAACCUCGAUAACCGCAUACUACAGGUUUCCUUCAAGACAACCACUAAGAUGAACGAACCAGCGCGUCAGAAUUGCCGCACUUUCAACACCGGCCACGGUGGAAAUGUCAACAACGGCGGUACUCACAAUCCAAAACGACGCGUGAGACAUCAAGUCGUUUAG